AGAUUGUAGGAAAGUGUUUAAAAAGAGAUGGUGUCAACGAAAGUGGUCAUACUGACCGGUGCCUCACGAGGCAUUGGCCUGGCGAUCGCACAUUACCUGCUCCAGCGAUCGCACCAACUUGUGGUGCUCUCGCGAAGCGAAGGGCCUCUGCGCGAAUUGGAGAAGCAGUACAUGGGCCAAGUAGCGGUCUUAGUCGGCGACUUGGCUGAUCUGUCACUCGGCAAAAAGGCUGUUAGCCUAGCCAUCGAGCGAUUCGAGCGCCUCGACGCAGUGAUCGUAAACCAUGGCGUACUGGAUCCUGUCCAGCGUGUGAGCGCCAGUACUGUGGAGGCUUGGCGCGCUGCGUUUGAUGUCAAUUUCUUCUCGGCUGUUGCACUGUCGCAGGCUGCUCUCCCGAAGCUUCGUGACAGCAAAGGCACCAUCAUAUUCACCUCUUCUGGCGCAGCGACGAAUGACUACCCCACGUGGGGCGCCUAUGGUGCGAGUAAAGCAGCGUUGAACCACCUUGCUGCGACCCUGGCAAGCGAAGAGAAAGCCGUGACAUCUAUGGCGAUUCGGCCGGGUGUGGUGGACACAGAGAUGCAGCGCGACAUCCGGGAACGGCACUUUGGCACGAUGGAGGACCGAGAUAGGGCACGAUUCGGGAAAUUGAGUGAUAAGAGCAAACUUCUCAAGCCUGAGCAGCCUGGACAUGUAAUGGCAAAGCUGGUGUUGGAGCCGCCCAAAGAUCUGAACGGGAAGUUCCUAAGUUGGGAUAGUGAAGAGCUGAAGGCGUACCAGGAGUGAAAGGCAAUCUGAACAUCGUGGUAAUGUGGGGAGCCUACCAAAUGCAUCAAGUUAGCACGUGGGUCGUGCCUGAGUGUCAGUAGAAUUGAACAGCGUGGCGGAGGCGGAUCAGUUGAAAGAUGAAAAGCAUACAUUUUACUCAGCAUUCGGCAUGGAGCCUUCAGGCUUAGCAUGGAAUGUCUUGUUACAUCAUGUGUGAUGAUAGUAAUGGAUGAUAGACGUACC